AUGUAUUCAACUAAGUUGAUCUAUUGUAUUUUCUUUAUACUUUUAUCUAUUUAUUAUUGUUCAUCAACUGACGAUAUAUAUAAAGAAGAACUUUAUAUUCGUCCAUUAUCAACUGGUCAUACAUAUUUUAAUCUUUUGUUUACUACUGUUGCUUCACCUAAUAUUCUCAAAUCGAAUAUCGUUCAUCAUUAUCAUUUAUUUCCAAAAUCAAUUGCUGAUACUGUUCGUUCAAAUGGUGUUAGUGAAUUUCAUGUUUCAUUAACACAAGGUUUAUGGAGAUAUGAUCAUUGGGGUAUGCCUAUUGUUGGUGCACCACCAGGUGCAGAAGUUUGGGCAUGGUUUAAUCCAAAUGAACAACAAGAUGUAACAUCUCGUUGGACAUCAUUUGCACAUGAAUUAGGUGGUCUUCUAUGUGCUUCUCUUAAUUUUGUUGAUUCAAAUGUGAGUACAAGUUCACCACAUUAUUCAUUUCGACCACAAUCAACAUUACCGAUUUCAAAAAAUUUACAUCAAGAUAAUUCUCUUGUUCGAUAUGCUGUUUUACCACGAGAAAUCGUUUGCACUGAAAAUUUAACACCAUGGAAAAAAUUAUUACCUUGUGUAGCUGGUGGUUCAAAUCAUAAAGGUCUUGUAGGAUUACUUGAUAAUGCACCAAAACUUUAUCAUAGUACUUAUCAUUCACUUCGAAUGGAUCUAAGACAAAUAUGUGCUAAUAUUGAAUGUACAUCAACUCAACUUGAAUUUUCUAUGGCAUUGGCUAUUGUUGUUGAUACAACUUCAUCAAAAUCUGAUCAUAAUGAAUGGACAUUUCGUUCGAUAUUUGGAUCAAAUAUAGCUCAAAUAUGUCCACUUAGUUCACUUACAAAUGUUUAUGUUGAUUUGCAAUUAUCUCAAACAAAUUCGUUUAAUUUAAGUCCUGAACCAGAUUAUUCAAUUGAACAAGGAACAACACCUAUUAUUAUCUAUGAUUUACAUAAUGAAAAACGAAAAAAUACAACAUUUUCAUUGAGUUGUAAUUAUAAUAAACAAAAAUCAGUAACAAUUGAUAAUCAAAAUAAUAAAUUUUCUCCCCCUAUUGUCGUUCAUCGAUAUGCUACGGGUUAUGGUGUUCGUGAUGGUGGAAUUAAAACUAUUAUAAAAUUAAAUGAAGAACAAAAACAAGAAGAUGAAAUAACAUUACUUUAUUUCGAACAAAUUCCAUGGUAUUUUCGUGUUUUUCUACAUACUCUUAAAAUAACAACACUUGAUAAUAAUAGAACUGAAAUAAAACCUGAUCAUAUAUCAUAUAUACCUGGUAAAGAUCGUGAACGACCUUAUCAAUUAGAAUUAGUAAUAAAAACAAAACAAUCAAUUUUAAUUAAUUUUGAAUUUGAAAUGGCUUUUUUAAAAUGGAACGAAUUUCCACCUGAUCCAAAUCAUGGAUUUUAUAUUCCAAGUGCUAUUAUAUCAACAAUUCUUCCUUCAAAUAUUAAAUCAAAUUAUAUUCUUCGAUCACUUAAUUCAUUUUCUUUAAAUCAAAGUCUUUCAUCAUUGUCCGAUGGUUUUGUUCGGCUCUAUUCAGAAACAUUACUUGUUAAUCUUCCGACACCUGAUUUCAGUAUGCCAUUUAAUGUUAUUUGUUUGGGUUGUACAGCUGUUGCUCUUGCCUUUGGUGGUUUACAUAAUUUAACGACCAAAGACUUUGCAUUUGGUGAAAAACGUCCAAAAAUUCCAUUUCGACAACGUUUACAAGAUCUUCGAUUUCGUGUUAUGGCUGCUCGACAUGCACUUGCACAACGAAUAUUUCGAACAAGACCACAAGAACAACAAAGAGAACAUGCCGAAUAA